AUGCUAGAUGCCCAAACCCUCCUGGACGUUAUUGUGAAAAGGCACGGAGCUGACGACGAUUCGGACCAUGUGCCAGCGUGUGAGACUUCCAACGAUUAUGACGGGCGCAUGAAUCUUCGUAUUCUGUCUGUGUUUAUUCUGCUGAUCUCAUCAGGGAUCGGGGUCAACUUCCCGAUCUUGGCGUCUCAAUACUCGUUUAUUCGCCUGCCUAAAUGGUGUUUUUUUAUUGCCAAGUUUUUUGGUUCGGGUGUUAUUAUUGCUACUGCAUUCGUCCAUUUAUUGGAGCCUGCCGCUGAUGCCCUGGGGAAUGCCUGUCUUGGUGGAACUUUUGCCGAGUACCCUUGGGCCUUCGGGAUCUGUUUGAUGUCGUUGUUUUUCUUGUUUUUUACAGAAAUCAUUUCCCAUCAUAUUAUUGAUCAAAGGUUGGCCAAGGAACAUGGACAUGGCCAUGACGAAGAACAUGCCGCAAUUGAGCGUGUUGAUACUAUCGAAUGUUGUGAAGAAAAUAGUUGUGAUGAAGAACCAAAUCCAAUGGUUAUUCAAGAAGAGAAUUCCGCCACUACUUAUAUAGAUUCGAAAAAUAAGGAUGAAAAGAAAGCUGCUGAUGUUCAAAUUAACGAACAUUUACAAUACGAUUCUCAAGAAAAGACUGUUGAUUUGGAGAAUUCUAUUUCUCAUCAUGAUGGGAUGACUAGAGCUGAAAGAGAACAAUAUUUGAACCAAUUGGUUGCUGUGAUGGUUUUGGAAGCAGGUGUUAUUGUUCAUUCCGUCUUUAUUGGUCUUUCUCUAGCGGUCACUGGUGACAAUUUCGUCACUUUAUUCAUUGUCCUGACUUUCCAUCAAAUGUUUGAAGGUCUUGGUUUAGGUACAAGAGUUGCUGAAACUCCAUGGCCAAAAUCCAAGAGAAUGACUCCAUGGUUAAUGGCUCUUGCAUUCACUUUGACUACGCCUGUUGCUGUGGCAAUUGGGUUAGGUGUGCGUAAUUCAUGGGUUCCUGGUUCCCGUACUUCAUUGAUUGCCAAUGGUAUUUUCGACGCUAUUAGUGCUGGUAUUUUAAUCUAUACAGGUCUUGUCGAAUUAAUGGCACACGAAUUUUUAUAUUCUGGUCAAUUCAAAGGAGAAAAUGGAUUGAAACAAAUGUUGAGUGCAUAUUUUGUGAUGUGUUGUGGUGCUGCCUUGAUGGCUCUAUUAGGUAAAUGGGCUUGA